CCCGCUGGACUCCGCCCCCCCCACCCCCAUUUCCUGGAUCGUUUCUCCAGCGCGGAAACAGGACGAGCCCCCCCGCGAGCAGGAUGGAGCCGGAGGAGGGUCUCAGUGGGCCGCCGUGCGCGGGUGCCCGCGGCCCUUCGGCCGCUGCCAUCAUCGGUGCCGAGGACGAGGACUUCGAAAACGACAUCGAGCCCACCCCCGAGGAGCAGAACAGCCAGUUCCAGAGCCUGGAGCUGCUGCGGCAGCACCCGCUGUCCCUCAUGGCCUUCCUGCAGCACGUCGUGCUCCAGUUCGACUCUUGCCCCGUGCUCUGUUACCUGCACGUGGACAUGAUGCGGAGGAUGAACCCCAAGGAGGGCAGGAAGCAAUUCCUGGAAUUCUGCCACUUGUUCCUGGACAAGGCGGGGCUCCUGCGGGUGCCCAUCCCCCACCACGUCCAGUUUGAGCUGGAACGGACCCGUCCGGAGCUGCUGUCGGAGGAGACCCAGCGGCGAUUCCUGCAGGACAUCCAGAACUUCCAGGAGCCGGAGAUCUCCCGGCAGCUGGAAGACUUCAGGUCGAAGCGGUUGAUGGGGAUGACGCCGGGGGAACAGGAGCUGUCGGAGCUGGAGUGGAGCCGCGCCCGGGACCCCUCAGGAUGCGACUCCAAGGAGAAGCAGCUGGCCGAGCAGCUCCUGGCUCGCCUCGAGGAGAUGCACCUCACCAUCUCUUCCGAUGAGGAAAAAAGCUCCGUCAUCUUCGGCGCCAUCGUCGCCUACAUGAAAUUCCUGGGCGUCAGAACCAAGGGUGGCGACACCAAAAAAUCCAAAUCCAACUUUUUCCGUAAAAAGAUUUCCGGGAAGGAGCCCCAGGGAAAGGCCAGGAAGGGUUUCAGCCUCCCCGGGGCCGCUCUGUGGGGUCGCGACGCCCACAGUGCUGAGUUCAGGCAAAGCGAAGGCCUGUCAGUCACCGUGACCCCCCCGGGCGGGGACAGCGCCGAGGCUGAAGCAGGGACGGACCUCCUGGGACCCUCGGAAUUGGGGGACCCCCCCUCGGAGCCCCCCUCCGGAGAGCAGCACGCCGUGGAGGAGGGAGCAGAGAGCGAGAGCCCGGAGCCGGGGGGGCCCGGGGGGGGGGACCCCCCGCCCUUUCUGCCUCGGCAGCCUGAGGAGGCUGUGCCGCGCCUGGAGCCGGAGCUGGAGCAGGAGCCGCCGGCCUGGCGGCAGCUCGCGGCCCCCGAGGCGCUCCUCAGGCUGCCCCAGCGCGAGCUGCGGCGCCAGGAGGUCAUCAACGAGCUGUUCCUGACGGAGCACGCCCACGUCCGCAUGCUGCGGGUGCUGCUGGAGCUCUUCUACCAGCCCAUGCUCCGCGAGGGCUUCUUCGACGAGCAGGAGCUCUCCAACAUCUUCCCCAGCCUCGAGGACCUGGUGGAAGUUCACACCGUGUUCCUCGACAGCCUCAAGAAGCUGCGGGAGGAGAGCGGCUUCAUCAUCGCCGAGAUCGGGGACGUGCUGCUGGCCAGGUUCGAGGGCACCGAGGGCAGCUGGUUCCAGAAGAUCUCAGCGCGCUUCUGCAGCCGCCAGAGCUUCGCCCUGGAGCAGCUCAAGGCCAAGCAGAGGAAGGACACCAGGUUCAACCAGUUCAUCCAGGAGGCCGAGAGCCGCCCGCGGUGCCGGCGGCUACAGCUCAAGGACAUCAUUCCCACGGAGAUGCAGAGGCUCACCAAGUACCCGCUGCUGCUGCUCAGCAUCACCAAAUGCACUGAGGCCGCGGCCGAGAGGGCCAAGGUGGAGCAGGCGGCCGAGUGCUGCCGCCAGAUCCUCAACCACGUCAACCAGGAGGUCCGGGACAUGGAGAACCUGAUGAAGCUCAAGGAUUACCAGCGGCGCCUCGAUCUCUCCAACCUGAAGCAGAGCACGGACCCCCUGCUCAGCGAGUUCAAGAACACCGACAUCACCAAGCGCACGCUGGUCCACGAGGGCCCCCUGACCUGGCGCAUCACCCGCGACAAAGCCGUCGAGGUGCAGGUGCUGCUGCUGGACGAUCUGCUGGUGCUGCUGCAGCGGCAGGAGGAGCGGCUGGUGCUGCGCUGGCAGAGCCGGGCGCUGGCGCCGUGCCCCGAUGGCAAGCAGCUGCUGAGCCCGGUGGUCCGGCUGCGCUCGGCCAUGACCCGAGAGGUGGCCACAGACCACAAAGCCUUUUACGUCAUCAUCAGCUGGGAGAACGGGGCCCAGAUCUACGAGCUGGUGGCUCCCAGCGUGUCCGACCGCAAAAACUGGUGCAGCAUCAUCAGCGACACCGCGGGGUCCCUGAAGCUGCCGGGGGCUCAGAGGGCCAAGGGCCAGCGGCCGGGGGGGGCACACGGCCCCCCGGGCCAGCCGGAUUACCGGGACCCCUCUGAAAAUGGGGGCGGGGCCCUGAAGGAGCCGCUGCCCCUGGACGUGGCGGAGCUGCGGCGGCUGCUGCGGGCGGGGGCCGGGCCCGGACAGGGACCCCCACCCCCCGAGCAGGAUUUGGGGGGGGGUCCCGGCGCGGCCCCCCCCGAGCAGGAGCGGAGACACGCGGGGGAUGGGGCCGAGAGCGACGGGGACCCCCCCGAGGGGGGGGCCACAGGGGGGGCCCCGAACGGCGCCUGGGGGGGGCGGCCCGAGGGGGGGGGGUCCCCCGGAGGAGGGGGGUCCCGAGCUGAGCCCCCCCCCCCGCGCUGGUGCUGCCCCCCGGCCCCGCGGCCUGGCUGGGGGCAGAGCUGGGGGCGCUCCACGAGAGCCUCAGGGGGCUCAAGGAAAUCGAGGAUCAUUACUGGCAGCUCUUCCUGGCCAAGCGUGGCCUCCUCACGUGAGCGCAGGAGCAUCCGCGACCCCCCCUCAAUUCAGGGCUGCAGCGCCAGGAGCCGCCACCGGAGGGCGACAAACGCCGAGCGCCGUUUUUGGGGGGCUGGGAGGGGGGUCCGCACGCCCCCUCCUCUUUUAUUCCAGGGGGAUCCGCAUCCCCCGCCCUCCCCGCUCUGUUUUUAUACAUUUUAUAUCAAUUUAUACCCAGGGGGAGGGGCGUGGAGACCCCUCCCCACUUUUAGCCCUUCUUUUUGGGGGUGGGGGGAUGUACAUAAAUUUAUAUUUGGGGAGGGGGCGUCACAAAAGACUCUCCCCGUGCCCCCCCACCCCCAAUUUGGGUGGAAAACCAAAGAAUUUGGGAAAACGCCAAAUAAAAAUCAAUGUCGCUUCUGAGGGGUGGGUUAGGGU